AUGGUCGCAGCUCCUACACCAAUCCCCGAGCGGCGGCCCCCCACCGUCGACGCUCUUGAUGUGUCCCUCGCGACUGCCUCGUCGGCGCGCUCCCCGCUGGGCCCGUUGCUUUCGGGAUCAUUUCAGGCGCCUUCAGAAAUAUCGUCGCCGCGUUACAUGACGCCGACUUCUGCGUCCCUCGCAUCGCAAUGGGCACACUCGCGACACAAUAGCAUAAGUGGCGCCUCAGAAUCGCUCCGCGCACCCGAUUCGCGCACUGCACCGAACCUGUCAAGCUCGCCCAAGCCAGGCUCCUCCUGGACGCCAUUUUUACGGUAUGAUUCCAAGCAAUUGCGUGACCCUACCAAGAUUGCAAAAAGCAAUACCGAUACACCGUUCUCCAGUUUGUACCGCCAGUUCAGUGGGCGAUCCCCACGUCGCGAAUCACUGUCGGGCACUGCAGAGACGGGUAUGGCGUACAGCUACGGGAGUACCAUCUCAUCCAACUCGCCGAUCACACCACAACGGGAAAGUAUGCCCGAUCCUGAGCCCGUGAUCAGCACUCCAUCGCGCCGCUCCUAUGCAGAUUGCAUGGAACACCUCGAUGCAGACGGGAUGUGGCCACAGCACCUUGCGUUGAACAAAACGCCGGUGGUGGAGCCUGCCCAAGAGGCGCGGCCUUCUUUCCGUCGCACUUUGCAGCAUAAUCUCUCGCCACACUCGCGGAGAAAGCCAAGUCCCAUGGGCGAGCGGAUGCUUAUGGGACACCUUGACACGCAAUAA